GUGCAGGGAUUUGGGCCUUGGGCUGCGCGCUUGUCCUUGCCUGCGCCCCGCCAGACUCUCGACAAAGCUACUCGAAGUCGGCGACGGGCACCACAUCAUCUCGCCUCCCCCGACAACAACAUCCACCUCUCCUCUUCCGACUCCUCUUCCUCUUCCUCCCCUCUGGAUACCGCCCGGCCACGCAACCCCCAAUCGACGCCACUCGCCGCUCCCCUCUGGAUCUCGGUGCCGGCAUCGAUUCGCGGGCCGAAGCCUGGCCCCGACCCAGCCCUUCAACGCUGCACAGCCCCCGGCUAUCCUUGACGACCAUCCUGCGCCAUACUUAUACGCUGACAUAACUGUCGCGCGCGCGCUCCUGGGAUCAGCUCCCUGAAACCGCUCAGGUGUUAAGGGCCGUGUUUCCCGACCACGUCGCCGCCGCCGUCGACCGCGAGUUGAACAGCUCAUCCACACGACAUGGAGCAACCCGCUCAACCCAACCUGCGGGUCACCAUCAUUGCCGCAGAUGGACUCUACAAGCGCGAUGUCUUCCGAUUCCCCGACCCCUUCGCCGUGGCCACGGUCAACGGCGAGCAGACGAGGACGACGAGCGUCAUCAAGAAGACUCUGAACCCAUACUGGAACGAGAGCUUCGACAUGAGGGUUACCGAGGAGAGCAUACUGGCGGUUCAGAUAUUCGACCAGAAGAAGUUCAAGAAGAAGGAUCAAGGUUUCCUGGGUGUUAUAAAUGUCCGCAUCGGGACCGUUAUAGAUCUGGAUGCAGGCGGUGAUGAAAUGUUAACACGCGAUCUUAAAAAGUCGAAUGAUAACAUGGUCGUCCACGGAAAGCUCAUUCUCAACUUGUCUACCAAUCUUUCGCAGCCGAUAAGCACGCAGUCUCAGGCCCAAAAUGGACCGCGGCCAUCCUCUGUAUCUGCCCAUUCUUCGCUCAACGGAAUCCCAACGCAGGCCUCCACCACGCCAGUCGCUGGCGCUCCCGCACAAUCCCUGCAUCCCGACAUGUAUCCUGGAAAUCGCCCGGGUGCUCCGGGCACCGUCGCGCAACGACAGAGCCAGAGCGGACCGCCUGGGGCGGCUCCAUCUACCGCAUCUACCAAUGGAAACCCAAGAGCUUCUGGCUACAGUGCUUUUGAAGAUGCUCAAGGCCGUCUUCCGCCAGGCUGGGAGCGGCGGGAGGACCAUCUGGGACGGACGUACUACGUGGACCACAACACCAGGCAGACGACAUGGAUACGGCCGACUGCUGGAACCAACGAGACGGAUCAAAGAAAUCAGAUGGCGGCGCAAACGCAGCAGGAACGCACCAGACAUCAAGCCCGCAUGCUUCCAGAGGAUCGCACUGGAGCGAACUCGCCGACGCUGUCCGAACGCCAGAAUGCCUCUCCUCCAGCCGGUCCUUCUGCCAGCGCUGUUUCCAUGAUGGCGACCGGCGCGACCACCGCGGGCACGGGAGAGCUGCCGUCCGGUUGGGAGCAGAGACAUACGCCUGAGGGCAGAGCUUACUUUGUUGACCACAACACUCGGACCACUACCUGGGUGGAUCCCCGCCGCCAGCAGUACAUCCGGAUGUAUGGCAGCAACGCUCAGAACGGAACCAUUCAGCAGCAGCCCGUGUCGCAGCUUGGCCCUCUGCCCAGCGGCUGGGAAAUGCGGUUGACCAACACCGCUCGUGUCUACUUUGUCGACCACAACACCAAGACGACGACUUGGGACGACCCGAGACUGCCUUCUUCUCUGGACCAGAACGUGCCACAGUACAAGCGUGAUUUCAGGCGGAAGUUGAUCUACUUCCGUUCGCAGCCAGCUCUGCGGAUCGUCUCCGGCCAAUGCCACGUCAAGGUCCGCAGAACGCAUAUUUUCGAGGACUCUUACCAUGAGAUUAUGAGGCAGAGCGCUGGUGACCUGAAGAAGCGUCUUAUGGUCAAGUUCGAUGGCGAAGAUGGUUUGGAUUAUGGUGGUCUCAGCAGAGAAUUCUUCUUCCUGUUGUCUCACGAGAUGUUUAACCCGUUCUACUGCCUGUUCGAGUACUCGGCGCACGACAACUACACGCUUCAGAUCAACCCCCACUCGGGCAUCAACCCCGAGCAUCUGAACUACUUCAAGUUCAUUGGCCGUGUUGUCGGUCUUGCCAUCUUCCACAGGCGUUUCUUGGAUGCGUUCUUCAUUGGCGCGUUCUACAAGAUGAUUCUGCGGAAGAAGGUCACUCUGCAGGACAUGGAGGGCGUCGACGCCGAUUUCCACCGCAACUUGCAGUGGACGAUGGACAAUGACAUUGACGGUGUCCUCGACCUCACGUUUUCCACCGACGAUGAGCGCUUCGGUGAGACCGUCACUAUCGAUCUCAAGCCUGGCGGACGGGACAUUGAGGUUACGAACGAGAACAAGAAGGAAUACAUUGAACUCAUUACUGAGUGGCGCAUUCAGAAGCGGGUGGAGGAGCAGUUCAACGCCUUCAUCACUGGAUUCAACGAGCUUAUUCCUCCGGAUCUUGUCAACGUCUUCGAUGAGCGCGAGCUGGAGCUGCUGAUUGGUGGUAUUGCGGACAUUGAUGUCGAUGACUGGAAGAAGCACACCGACUACCGCGGCUACACCGAGAGCGACGAGGUCAUUCAGAACUUCUGGAAGUGCAUCCGGAGCUGGGACUCGGAACAAAAGUCGCGUCUGCUGCAGUUCGCGACGGGUACGUCUCGUAUCCCCGUCAACGGAUUCAAGGAUCUCCAGGGCAGCGACGGACCCAGACGGUUCACGAUCGAAAAGGCGGGCGAGCCGACGCAGCUGCCCAAGUCGCACACGUGCUUCAACCGUCUGGACCUGCCGCCGUACAAGACGUACGACGCGCUCAACCAGAAGCUCACGAUUGCCGUGGAGGAGACGGUUGGAUUCGGGCAGGAGUAGAUGGAUGUCCGGCAUUACAGGUACCAGGG